ACAACCAGAACCUCUCCAACCACGCUCCGUCCUACUCAGCCACAAACACAACCUCAUCCAACCACUCGCAAUGGCACACGACCUCCUGCAGAUCUCUUGGAUGGCCCCAGUCCUCCUGGUUGUAGUGGAGAUGUGUGUCGGUGAGAACACUACCAGCAUGCCAGAUGAUGAAUUUUCGACAAUAGAUUACGAUGGUUACCAACAACAGUGUAAAAAAAGAGACGUUCGGCAGUUCCGCUCCAAGUUCUUGCCUGCCAUGUAUGGCAUCAUCUGCUUUGUAGGCCUUGUAGGAAACGGCCUAGUGAUCUUGAGAUAUUUCCAUUUUAAGAGACUGAAAACCGGGACAGACUACUACAUGCUGAACCUGGCUUUGGCAGAUAUGCUGUUUCUUCUGACGCUACCUUUUUGGGCAGUCAGUGUGGCCCAGGAAUGGAUAUUUGGAAAUGGGGUGUGCAAGAUCAUCUAUUGUCUUUACAAAAUGAGCUUCUUUUGUGGAAUGUUCCUGCUCAUGUGCGUUAGCAUAGAAAGAUACUUUGCUAUCGUCGAGGCCCCGUCCGCCCAUCGUCACAGGUCCAAGACGGUGUUGAUCAGUAAGUUGUCCAGUGUCGGAAUAUGGGUGGUUGCAUUCUUCUUGUCCAUCCCUGAGCUGAUCUACAGUGGAGUAAAGGAGAUUGACUCCAUGAAUGUGUGCAUUAUAUUUUCUGAUGAAAUCGAUAGCCUCAAUGCAAAGUUGAAGGUGUCCCAGAUGUUCUUUGGCUUCCUCCUCCCGUUAAUCAUCAUGUCAUUUUGCUACAGCAUGAUAAUCAAGAAACUGCUCCAGGCGCGUAACUUUGAGAAGUACAAGGCCAUCAAGGUCAUCAUAGUCAUCGUCAUUGUCUUUGUGGUCUUCCAGCUGCCAUACAACAGCGUCAUGUUGAUCAGGACCUACUCUAACAUCACCUUGUGCGAGACAAGCAAGCAGAUGGAUAUUGCAGAUGAUGUCACGUACAGCUUGGCCUGCUUCCGUUGCUGUCUGAACCCAUUUCUCUAUGCCAUUAUUGGAAUCAAGUUCAGAAAUGACCUGAUCAAACUCUUUAAGGAUCUCGGCUGCGUAAGCAAGGAGAAGUUUGGCGACUGGGCAUCCACAACCAAGCCGAGUAAGAGAACAUCCAUUGCUCUAGAAACCACAGAGACAACCACCACAUUUUCCCCAUGAAAAGGCGAGGACUUGUAGCAAAAAUAAAAAUAAAAAACAUCAUAUUCCUUAACUGACUAUCAUUACUAACAUGUCCUGAGGCAUACCGGGAAUUCCAUGGACCUCUUAUAGAUAAUGAUCCUUGCAAUAAGGAAACCAUGAACUUAUGAAGACUUUAUUGAUAGCUACCGUAUAUUUGGAUAUAGAGAACGUCUGAUUAUAUCCAUGAAGUUGUGCUUUCUGAUGGGUCUGUGAUAAUCUUUUAGCUUAGUUCAGGGAUAUAUACAGUAUAUAUAUAAGGUAUGUUAGUAGGCCUUUACUUGGUCCACCUUUAUUGGACCCAAACUAGCUACAGUCAGAACAGGCAAACAAAGUUUCAACUCGGGAAAGGAUUAUGACGUUUUGUCUGAAUAUCAAAUAUCAAUAUUUCAGGUAACAUAUUUUGGAGCCCAUUACAAAUAUGAUCUAAAAUCAAACCCGUGUCAGCAAAGUCAUCGUAUUUAGAACCAGAAAUAAUACAAAUAAUGAAGCAAGCGAAAUGUAAGAUUCUUAGACAAACAUUAAACUAUGCUUAGAGCAAUCUAAAAAAAUAUUAAAAAUACACAACCUUGGGGUAUACAAUGAAUCCUCAAUGUAUGUGACGCUUUAUCACCUGUUUGUAUAACACAAUUGUGUGUCUGGAAGAAAACACACAGAUAUUGAAGCUGCUGGUAUGGGGAAGCGCGCUGGGUUAUUUUCACCAAUUGUGUCUUUUUGCCACUUUUAGUGAUUUUUGGAUAUUUCUUUCAACAUUAAAUGAUGUUACGCUCAAAAUAGGAUAUUUUUAUGCUUUCUUGAAAAUAGAGAGAGAAUAGCAAAAUAG